CAAAAAGAUCCCUAAUAUACAUACGCUAAUGCAACGCGGUGCGAAGCUUUGAUGGUAAUGUAGCAGACACAAAGGAACAAGAGAUCCCCUUCCAAUUGUAGAAGAACUUGUAUCUUCUGCCCUUCUUCAAGAUAGUCUGUUUUCAUAAAUAUUGCAAUGAUGAAAGACAACUUGAAGAACAAAUGUGGAUCUUCUUCUCAUCAGUCCAUGAAGGAGAAGGAAAAGCACCAUCUUGAUAAAAUUCAGGGAAUUUUCAUCAAUCUUCAGUCUUCAAGGAAGGAGAAUAGGUAUAAAGACAUUGUUAUGUUUGAGGAGCAGAUGCAUCAACUGCUUAGAGAGUGGAAAGCAGAACUAGAGUCUCCAGCAACCUCCUUAGCUGAAGGAAGCCUCGGCUCAUUUCCGGGGGAGCUGGCUCAACUUUUGCAAGAACUUGAGGAGAACGAUGAUGCAAUCAGUCCAUUAGAAAAGCCUGAAACAUUGAAGACUCAGCUGCAUCCUCACACUGUUCAUGAUGUGAACUAUCCAUCUUUUCAUGAAAAGUCUUUUGAUGAUAGCCACAUGCUACAUGAUACUUUUGAAGGAUUUGGUCAGUUUGAUGGCCCUGCUUCAACUCUACAAAGUGAUACCUCAGAUAUGAUUACUCAGUUGGAUUCCCAUACACUAGUUAUCGAAGAAGGCUUUGAUUAUGGCCAAUUUUUUGAAAAUGAGGCCAAACAGUGUGAAGAGGAUACUAUGCCCAACGUUCUUCCAAAUAUCUGCCCUCCUCCUUCUGCUUUUUUAGGCCCUAAAUGUUCUCUAUGGGAUUGUUUCAGACCUGCUCAAGGGUUGCAAAUUUGCCAGGACUACUGCAGCAGCGGUCAUGAGCUUUUGGCAAAUAACGAGGGUCUUCCUGGAACGACCCCAAUUUUGCGCCCUGGAGGCAUUGGAGUAAAAGAUGGCCCUUUAUUUGCUGCACUUCUUGCAAAGACACAGGGAAAGGAAGUUGGCAUCCCUAAAUGUGAGGGCGCUGCUUCAACUAAAUCCCCGUGGAAAGCUCCUGAGUUAUUUGAUCUCUCUUUUCUUGAGGGUGAAACUUUGAGGGAGUGGCUCUUCUUCGACCAGCCUAGAAGGGCAUUUGUGAGUGGAAAUAGAAAGCAAAGAUCGCUUCCAGAUUACAAUGGGCGUGGCUGGCAUGAAUCAAGGAAGCAGGUGAUGAAGGAACAUGGGGGACAUAAGAGGUCCUAUUAUAUGGAUCCCCAGCCCCUAAGCUAUCUCGAGUGGCAUUUGUAUGAGUAUGAGAUCAACAACCAAGAUAGCUUAGCAUUGUAUCGACUGGAACUAAAGUUUGUCGAUAAUAAAAAGAAAAGUCCUAAAGCAAAAUUGACAAAGGAAUCUCUUGCUGAUUUACAAAAUAAGAUGGGAAAGCUAAGUGCUGAUGUCUUGGGAGAUGAUGGAGGCACCGCUGACGGAAAAAUAAAGGCUAAGUCUGAGAAUGGUGGAUCUCCUGAGCAUGAAACAAAAAAUCCAGAGUGAUUUUGUUCUUGCCAAAUUUCUCACUAACAUGUACAUACAUAGGAUGGGUAGCAGCAUGAGGAAACUUCUAACAUUCUCUGGUUAGAGGAACACAGUGCCUUGUGGUAGAUAGUGUCUCUGAGUCCAAAGUUACAAGUUUGCAUUGAAUUUGACAUUGUGCUGCCUCUGUUAUCAUUUGGGAAGAUUCUGCAUCCUUUUGGGGGGGCAUCAGUGGGUGCUCCCUUUUGUGGUCAAGCACCUCCCAAUUUCCGACACAGCAUCAAUACAAAUAGAACCAUUAGGUUGCAUGCCUUAGUUUUCUAUUUUGUAGCAAGUUUUAGCAUUGGUGUUUCAUGGUGGUGGUGGCAAAAUUGAUUUUCUAUGCAGAUCAUGUAUGUUCUUAAAAUGCGCAUGAAGUUUGCUGCCAUCUGGUAAAUGAUGCAUUCUCAUACAAACAGUACCAAUUUUAGCAUUAGUGGAGCAACAUAAUCGUGUAAUUAAGUUAUAUUAUAAAUCUGUAAUUCAUGAAUCUGCACUUCAUUAUUUUUUCUUUGUGGUUCUGCUCA